CUAGGGUUUUGCUGAGAAAGUCGAAACCUUCCUCGCCCCAAAAAAUCUCUCUCUCUCUCUCUCUCUCUCUCUCUCUCUCUCUCUCUCUCUCUUUAAUCCUUCACCAUGAGCAGGUCAGGCCAGCCCCCGGAUCUCAAGAAGUACAUGGACAAGAAGCUCCAGAUCAAGCUAAAUGCAAACCGAAUGAUUAUUGGAACCUUGCGUGGAUUUGACCAGUUCAUGAAUCUGGUGGUUGAUAACACUGAAGAAGUUAAUGGUGAUGAAAGGACCGACAUAGGCAUGGUGGUGAUCCGAGGAAACAGUGUGGUUACUGUUGAAGCACUUGAACCUGUGGCCAAGAUGCAGUAGUUUUUGGUUAAAAUAAAUUUUAGGAUGUAGUAUGCAAAUGAAAACUCUGUAAGCUUGUCAUGGUUGUGAGCUCGUUUCUAGAUCACCCUUGCGGUUAAUCAGAAUGCUUUGAAUGUAGUUCUAUUGUCCUAUAUUGGAUAUCAGUUAAUUGCGUGUAAGAUGCAAAAUGGUUAAUGCAAACUCACUUUGACGUGGUCCUUGUUUA